UCCAUCUCUGUAAGUACUACAGAUAGUAGAUGUUUUAGUAGCUGUAGUAGUGAUAGUAUUAGUAGCGGAGAUGUAACCUACAGUGAGAAUAGUACAGCUGUCAAUGUCCUCACCAGAUAGAGCUGAGACAGCAGCAGUAAUGGGGCUACAACAAUGAAGAAAGUCAUGAGCAUGACGGUUUUGAGCCAGUCUGUCCAUACCCUGGGGUCAAAGGCCAACUAGGACAAGGUGGUUGUCUGUACUCACUGGGAGGAGCAUGGUAGAUAUACAUAACAAGACCAUUGGGAUCUCUUACUAUCAUCUUCUAAAUUUUUGUAGCAGUAUAUUUUAUUAUAUUAAUUUAUUUAACCUUAUUUUUAACUAGGUUUAACUAGUUUAACUAUUUAACUAGUCAGUUAAGAACAAAUUCUUAUUUACAAUGAUGGCCUACUUGUAAAGUAUAAACUGACAUUUAUGAACAAAUGGCUUUUGAAAGGAGAGGUAGGGAAUUUAGAAUGGUAUUUUCAAGAAAAUGCUAAAUUAUGAAAAUGUGUAGAUUUAUAAAUAAUGAUGCAUGCUACUAUACUUGAACUUAAAGCUUUAAAUAAAGUUCUCAUCCAAUGAGAGUUGUUGGUGGGUAAAGUGCUUCUACACCUGCAUUGCUUGCUGUUUGGGGUUUAUGCUGGGUUUCUGUACAGCACUUUGAGAUAUCAGCUGAUGUAAGAAGGGCUUUAUAAAUACAUUUGAUUUGAAUUGAUUAAAAGUAAGUCACUUCUGCACAUUCAUUUUGUCUACUUCUGAUUGGUGUUAACCAUAGACCACACACCUACUGUUUCCUCUACUGUUUCAUUCCUUGCACUACCAGCAAGAGCUCUACAUUGCCAAACUUCUCCACCUCUACUGCAUGGUGGGGAAUGCAAAGAUGGCCUUGAGAACAACAGGAAGUGUGAUUGUGGUUUUCAUCUUGUCAGUGUCAGGAGGACUGGGUCAGUUCAUUGUGACUUACACCAAAACCAGUAUCUUUGCCUUGAAGGGGUCAUCAGUGGACCUCCCCUGCUCUUACACAUAUCCCAGUGGGUAUACAGUCACAACAACACAAUGGCAUAAUUGGAAGUAUAGGCAGUAUAAUAAUGAAAUAAAGCACCGAUUAGAGUAUUCAGGUCGUGUUGAGUACCGUGGGAAUAAGAUCAAUGACUGCACCCUGAGAAUCAGAAACCUGAGAGAGAGUGACUCAGGAGAGUAUCGCUUCAGAUAUGAAACCAUCACCAAAUACACAUGGAGCUACAUUUGGAGACCUGCCUCUGGUGGAGUCACUCUGUCCGUGACAGACCUGAAGGUGUGGUUGACAUCUACCAUGGUGACAGAGGGAUCACCGGUGACACUGACCUGCAGAACCAUCUCCCCUCUGAGUGACAACCUCGCCUACAUCUGGUACAAGAACAAACAAUAUCUACAGUACAACUCUUCCCCUUGGUACAUGUAUUCAGUCAGCAGUGAGGAUGCAGGCAGCUACUCCUGUGCUGUUAAAGGUCAUGAGGAUCUCCACUCUCCUGAAGUGACUCUUACUGUCAUAUACAAACCAAAGAACAUCUCAGUGUCAGUCAGUCCCUCUGGUGAAAUAGUAGAGGGCAGUUCAGUUAUUCUGACCUGCCACAGUGAUGCCAACCCACCAGUUCAGAAAUACACCUGGUACAAGAGGAACAUUACGACACCAAAAGCACCAGGACAGAUAUAUAACAUCUCCUACAUCAGGUUGGAGGACAGUGGAGAGUACUACUGUGAGGCAGGCAACAAGUAUGGACUUAUCAACUCUUCCUCCGUGUUUGUAAAUGUUCAGUAUAGACCAAAGAACACCUCAGUGUCAGUCAGUCCCUCUGGUGAAAUAGUGGAGCGCAGUUCAGUGAAUUUGACCUGCAACAGUGAUGCCAACCCAGCAGUGCAGAAAUACACCUGGUUUAAAAAGACUGUCAUCUCACCAAAAGCAUUCGGUCAGAUCUAUAGCAUCACCAACAUCAACUCUGAGGACAGUGGAGAAUACUACUGUGAGGCACAGAAUGAAAUGGGAGCUAGUAACUCUACAGUUAGAUUGAUCAUUGUAUCAGGAAAACAAACAUCUAGUAUUAACAUAGCUGUAGGAAUCACAGUUGGUGCUCUGGUUCUCAUUCUCCUAUUUAGCUUUCUGUGGUUCAGAAAGAGGGCUCCCAAAUCAACUGACACACGGGACGCAGCAGAGGAUGGACAGGGAGGCUCUAGUCACCUGUAUGACACCAUCUCAGGCAUGGCCAUGACCCCUCCUGUAGUACAGACAGUGGACACAGACGAGGAGGAUAACAUCCACUAUGACAGUGUCCACUUCUCUCCCUUCAGAAACCAGGAAGGGCCUAUGUACUCCACUGUCCAGCUGCCUAACAAGGAAAUCCAAUACACUGUGGUAAAAUUCAAGCACCUAGUUGUUGCCCCCCAACCUGCAGCACAUGGAGCUGAGGAUCCAUCUGCAAUCUACAGCACAGUCAACAAACCCAGAACCUGGGCACAAGAAGGUACAUUCUAAUGCUCUCAUACAGUGUUUCCCAGGCCUCCUACUGGGUCGCUAUAAUCCGACUGAGCUGAAUUUAAAAACAUUGAUUUGUUGAUUCACACAAUAUUUUGAUGUAUAAAGUAUAGAUUUAAAGGAACCUGCAGUAGUCAUAUUACUGUCCAAGACAAUACAGCAACAAUUUAUAGUAUUGUGAAGUGUAAGGUGUGGCAUAAUAGUUUUGUUUAUGAACGUUGUUAAAGCUGCAAUAUGUAACAUUUUGGGCAACCUAACCAAAUUCACAAAGAAAUGUGAGUUAUAGAUUUGUCAUUGUCAGUGAAAGCAAGAGUAAGAAGCGAUAGAUAUAAUCUAUGUGCACCAUUUUUAUGCUUCCUGUUCUUAAAGGGAUUAUUUUUUUAAACUACAAAACAGAAAUGCACAAUUUUCACAUAUGUUGAUUUUGGGGUGGUGCUGGAGAUGUUGAAAAUGGAACAUAAAUUUCCCUUUAAGUUGAGCUUUUGCAUCUAAUUUUACCUUCAGUUUUGUACACCAGCUUCAAACAGCUGAAAAUACAAUAGUUUUGGUUAUUGAAAAUAUAUUUCUCAGCAGUUUAGAUGAUGCAAUGAUUCUCUGCUUGAUUUGUCACAUAUACAGAAAUUAGGCAAAUUAUUCUAAUUUUUGCAACCGGGAAAUGGCGGAGCGAUUUAUGCAUAUUGCACCUUUAAGCUUUAUAGGUCAAAUGAAAGCUUUUGUGAAAUGCAUCUCAGUGAGAGACUGUGUAAUAGACUUGUAACCUCAAGCGAUGUGUAAUUUUAAUGUAAUCUGUUGAACAAUGUUGGACAUUUUGCUGAUUUGACAGAAACUAAAUUGAGUUCCUCCAAGGACUCUCUCUCUCUCUCUAAGACAAUGGGUAAUAUCCUAUGUAUGAUACCAUUUGACCUCACAGAACUAGAGAACCCCUGCUCUCCUCUCUCUUAGAAGAACUGGUAACUGAUAAGUUAGCGAAAGUAAGUAACUUGAGAGAAAGAAAGUACCUUUAGGGAAAAAUAACCUGCUGUAUUUUAGUACAGUCGGAAGUUUACAUACACUUAGGUUGGAGUCAUUAAAACUCGUUUUUCAACCACUCCACAAAUUUCUUGUUAACAAACUAUAGUUUUGUGCAUGACACAAGUAAUUUUU